AGUCUCAUACUCAUCGUGGAUAGGUCAUACACUGGCGAUCUGAUUCCUGGAAAUUCGCCGCCGUAAAAGAUCCAAUUUUUUUUUUUUUUUUUUUUUAAUUUUCAAAGGGAAGAUCGAAUUAAAUAGUGAUCCUUGAAUGGAUGUAGUGACAUUCGGAAUCAUUAUUGGAUUCAUCGUGCUCUUCUUCUGCGCCGUUUGCGUCAUCACCCUCGAAGAGACUUGCAAACGCCGCUCUACCUGAAAACUCCAGGCUUUUUCAGUUUUGUUUUCCAUCUUGAAUCAGCAAACCCAACAAUGGUUUUCUCACUUAAAACCCAGAUCUGCUCCUUAAUUUUGCUUCUGUUAAUGGGUUUGAGCUUGAAAUCGAGCUUUGCCCACCAGUGUGGUCAUCACCAUUCUGGGUCUUCUGGGUCGGCGGUUCACGAGAUUGCUGCUGAUCAUCAUUGCGACCAUGGACACGAUCACCAUCAGCAUCAUCAUCAUUGUGACCAUGGACACCAUCAUGAUGCUGCUGAGAUAAAAACUGGGUCGAGGAGGAAACUUCCGGAGGAAAUAGCAGAGGAAGAGGAUCUGAAGAAGUUCGGCUUUGGGUUGCAACAUAGUCAUUAUCAUGAUCAUGAUCACCAUCAUGUUGAUGAUUACGGUGCUUUGGAGCUCUCUGGUGUCGGUUUGUGGAUUCAUGCAAUGGGUUGCUCACUGUUAGUCAGCCUUGCUUCCCUUAUUUGCCUCAUUAUCUUGCCUGUAAUAUUCAUAAAAGGACAACCCUCAAAGGCUGUUGUAGAUUCACUGGCUGUAUUUGGGGCAGGAGCGAUGCUAGGGGAUGCAUUUCUUCAUCAGUUACCGCAUGCUUUUGGAGGUGAACAUUCUCAUUCACACACGCAUGACGAUUCUAAUGGUCAUUCACACUCACAUUCCAUGAAGGAUCUUUCUGUUGGAUUGUCAGUUUUGUCUGGCAUUGUGGUUUUUCUCAUUGUGGAGAAAAUAGUAAGAUACGUUCAAGAAAACUCUGCAAAUACAAACCAGUGGAGCCAUGGCCACCAUCAUCAUCAUCAUCACAAAAGCAGUAAAAUGAAGGAUGAUAAGGACGGCGAGGGUAAAGACCAGAAGUCUCCUGUUAGGGAGAGAAUAACACCCUGUCAAGGAGAAGCAAUAGUGGAAGAACAAUCUGAUGUCUGUUUAAACAGUGAUAAUCAAAUUAAUUCUGAACCUAAUCUGCGAAAGAGAACAACUAGAACUUCUUCUAAAGAAGAAAAUAAUAAUUCCGAUAAGUCGAAUGAAUCUACUCCAAGUACUGAACAUCUGAUCGAGAAGGAAUCUGCUGGGGCAAAUUCAAAUCUUGUAUUUGGUUAUCUCAAUCUUUUUUCUGAUGGCGUGCACAAUUUUACUGAUGGUAUAGCCUUGGGGAGUGCUUUCUUACUGUAUGGAUCUGUUGGUGGAUGGUCAAGAACAUUGUUUCUGCUUGCCCACGAGCUUCCUCAAGAGAUAGGCGAUUUUGGAAUCUUGGUAAGGUCUGGAUUCAGUGUGGGAAAAGCUCUGUUUUUUAACUUCCUAUCAGCACUGGCUGCACUAGCAGGAACGGCUUUGGCAUUGGUGAUGGGCCAGGAUCCAGGACAAUCAUCCUUGAUUGAGGGAUUCACAGCGGGUGGGUUUAUAUACAUUGCAGUUGCUGGUGUGCUGGCAGAGAUGAACAGUGGCAGCACAACAUUGAGAGGUACAGUAGCACAACUGAUUUCAUUGAUACUGGGUAUGGCUGUUGCCCUUUGUAUAUCACUUGUUGAAUGAAUGAAUGAUAUUUGGUAGUUCUCUCUUCAAGUUAACUAACUCCUUAGACAAAGUAAAAGAAUAUUCAAUCUUUUGUUAUCAAAUCGUUUCAUCGGUUGA